CGGCGGUCACUCGUUGCAGCCGGGCUGGAUCUUUCUUCAGGCGAGUCUGCACCUCCCGGUUCUCUCCCGAGCCAGUUUAAGAGGAUGGCUGUGCUUAAUCAGAAGUCUGUCCUGGAUAUGAUUAAAGAGUUCAGAAGGAAUUGGCACACUUUUUGUAACUCUGAGAGAACUACUGUAUGUGGUGCAGACUCCAUGCUCUUGGCAUUGCAGCUUUCCAUGGCAGAGAACAACAAACAGUACAGUGGAGAAUUUACAGUCUCUCUCAGCGAUGUCUUAUUGACCUGGAAAUACUUACUACAUGAGAAAUUGAACUUACCAGUUGAAAAUAUGAAAGUGAUUGACCAUUAUGAGAACAUUAGGAAGAUUUAUGAUGAUUUCUUAAAGAAUAGUAACAUGUUAGAUAUGAUCGAUGUUUAUAAAAAAUGUAAUGUUUUGACUUCUAAUUGUGAAAAUUAUGCCAACAUAUCUCCUAACAUCAGGAAUGAAGUGGGAACUGCUGAGAUGAGUCAACUACGGGAUUUUCUUUCUGGCAGACAGUAUGUUGUAGAUAAUGAAACUGAUUUUUCUGAACCAAUGUCACCAAUAAGUAAACACAACCAGGAUAAUGAAAAGGUACAGUUACUAGCAAAGAAAAUUAUCUACUCAUAUUUAAACCUGCUGGUGAAUUCAAAGAAUGACUUGGCUCUGGCUCAUAUUCUCAAUAUUCCUGAUAGAGGACUUGGAAGAGAAGCCUUCACUGAUUUGAAACAUGCUGCUCGAGAGAAACAGAUGUCUAUCUUUUUGGUGGCUACAUCAUUUAUUAGAACAAUAGAGCUUGGAGGGAAAGGAUAUGCACCAUCACCAUCUGAUCCUUUAAGGACACAUAUCAAAGGAUUGUCUAAUUUUAUUAAUUUCAUUGACCAAUUAGAUGAAAUUCUUGGAGAAAUACCAAAUCCAAGUAUUGCAGGGGGUCAGAUACUCUCAGUGAUAAAGAUGCAGCUGAUUAAAGGCCAGAACAGCAGGGAUCCUUUUUAUAAAGCAAUAGAGGAAGUUGCUCAAGAUUUGGAUUUGAGGAUUAAAAGUAUUAUCAAUUCUCAACAAGGAGAUUUAGCUCUUAGUACCACUGACAUCAGUCCUGCACGGCCAAAAUCUCAUGCCAUAAACCAUGGCACUGCAUACUGUGGCAGAGAUACUGUGAAAACUUUACUAGUUCUUUUGGAUGAAGAAGCAGCCAGUGCUCCUACCAAAAACAAAGCAGAGCUUUUAUAUGACGAUGAAAACACAAUUCCUCAUAAUGGAACUUCUAUUCUUACACUUUUUAGAUCUCCCACACAAGUGAAUAAUUCAUCGAUGAAACCCCUAAGGGAACGUAUCCAUAUGUCAGUGCAAGAGAAAACAAUUAAGAUGAAGCAAACCUUACUUAGAUCUCAGUUUGCUUGUACUUACAAAGAUGACUGCAUGAUAAGCAAGGAUAAGUGGAAUAAUGUUAAUUCAGCAUCAAAGCCUUUGUGUGUUCUUCACAUGGAAAAGGACCUUUCUGUAGGUGUAAAUUCAUCUGUUGGAAGACCAACAAUUGGAACAAGUUCUGGAAAUGUUCAUCUGGACAAAAGUAAAAAUGAAAAAGUGGCAAGAAAAUCAAUUAGUCUGACAGGAAAUAAAGGCUCAAAAAGGAAACAGGUGGAUUUGGAUGAUGAAAAUAUUCUCUGUGAUAAUGGAAACGAACCACCUCAACACAAAAAUGUUAAGAUACCUAAGGCAUCAAAAGAUUUGCAGAGUAAAUUAGAUGGCAAACUAGUUAGAGCUGCAAAAAGCAACAAAUGUACCGCCAAGGACAAAUUGAUUACUGGCCAGACAAAGUUAACUCAGUUUUUUAGACUAUGAAUUUGUCUUUUAUGUUCUUUAGAUUUAUGUGUAUAUAAAACCAUUCACCAAAGGCAUCUACUUAAUUUUUUAAGAGAUCAAGGUGUAAAUUAUGGUGCUUUAUUAUUUUGGUCUGAAGUGUAUGUAAGGUUAGCAUGUUAAGCAUUGUUUAAAAAAUACUAGUAAGUCAUAAUUAUGCAGAAUAUUCACAAAGUUUAAUGCACAGGUAAAGCAUAUCAUUUAGGUAUAUCUUAAUACUACUUUCUUUGAAAACAGACAUUUAAAAUAAUACAAGUCAUAGUAACAUUAAGGGCUUUUUUCCCCACAGGCAAUUAAAUGAUUUUGUUUUCUUCUGAAAUGAUGAUGUGGACCAGCAGGUAUCAGACUUGCCAGCAAGGUCGAUAGACUCUUCCCAGCAUACACCUGAGCACUGAAGGAAAAAAAAGCUUAAAUUGUUUAAAGGACUAGUAUCACACAAAAUUGAUUAGAAAUGAAAGAAUGGAUCUAGUAUAGCUAAUUCUGAGUAAGUCAAAAUUAUAGUAACUAAUAACUAAUUAUAGUAACUAAUUAUAGUAACUAAUUAAAUACUUUUUAAUUUCACAUCUUUUGCAGGGGUCACUUAAUAUCAAGUAAAUUUAACCAUGGUCUUGUUUGAUUUUGUCAUGAUUGGACCCAAAUUCAAUUAAACUCAGAGUUCUAUUUUAU